AUGGCGUCGAUAGCAGACGACGAUGAGAUACCACAGCUCUCCGGCGAUGCUCUUGCCGCGCUGAAAGAAUUUUAUGGCGAGCGGGAUGCACGACAAAAGCAGUUUGAGGAACUAAAAGGCCAAGCCGAAGAUGAUUUUGAAGGGAAGUUGUCCAUGGACGCCUUCACGGAAGACUGGAAUGCAAGUCAAUUUUGGUAUAGCGACGAGACCGCUAUGGUGCUUGCGCGACAGCUUCUGGAUGGUGCGACAGAUGAGACAAGGAUAGCAGUCGUGUCUGCUCCGAGUGCUUUCAUCCAGCUGAAAAAUCUACUGAAUUCGGGUGAAGUCAAGUGCCGGCCGCAGAUUAAAUUGCUGGAAUUUGACGAGCGCUUUGCCGUCUUCAAGGAGUUCGUGCGCUACGACUUCGAGAAGGCGAUGCAACUACCAGCUGAGAUGAAGGCCUCGUUCGAUGUCAUCAUUUGCGACCCGCCAUUUCUAAGUCAAGAUUGUCAAACUAAAGCUGCCUUGACCGUGCGAUGGUUAGCUAAGUCAUGGACGCAAGAUUCUCUGCGUCUCAUUGUCUGCACUGGCGAGCGUAUGGAAAGCCUGGUCACAGACAAACUGUACGGGAAAGUAGGAACCAAGACGACUGAUUACGAGAUCAAGCACGCCAAAGGACUGAGCAACGAGUUCAGAUGCUAUGCGAACUUUGAGUGCCCAUCGUGGAAGUGGGCAAAGUCAUGA